CAGUAUUUGUCAUCCAGCGAUUGGACCGGCAGCGUGUCGGGCAUCAUCAUGGCGUUCUUUACCCAACUCAUGUUACUAACAUGGAAGAAUGUGACAUUACGUCGGAGACAGAAGCUUCGUCUCCUCACUGAGUUAAUUUGGCCUGUCCUGUUGUUUGCGAUUAUCGCUGUGGUAAGACGGAGUCAAAUGCCUGAUUUCAAACCUGAAUGUCAUUUCUUGAGCAAGGCGCUUCCUUCGGGAGGUCUUCUCCCGUUCUUCCAGUCGUUGAUGUGUGACUUCCAAAGCCAGUGCUUCCCCAAUGAAACCUAUGGCGAGGGCAGUGGCAACGUCAAUAACUUCAGAGAUGCAGGACUUACAAAAAUACUCCAAGAUGUGGAGUUAAUUGUGACAAACAAGACAACUCUGGGAGCGUUGAAGACUUUGCUUAUUGAAGUCGGUGAACUGAACAAACUGCUGCCAUUCCUGAAAGAUUUGGACAAAUUCCCAAAUGCAAAUCCAGGCUCGGAGUCGCUCAAAGAUUAUCUCAAAGACCCCGACAAGGUGAAGAGAUUUCUGACCGAGGACCUCCAGCUUUCACCAGCGGUAGCAGAUGCAAUACUCGAUGCAAAAAUGACUCCAGAGCAGAUCCUCUCCCUGAUGAACCCCCAGACGUUCCAGGAUGCAUCCUGUGACAAGGAGCAACUGCAGAAGCUCUUUGGUGUGGACAACCAGACCACACUGGACGCCAUGCAGAGGGAGUUAUGCAACCUGACCGAUGCGGACCUGGCCAGCUUGAGCCAGAUGAUGGCCGAUCAGAUCGACAUGGACAAACUCAUCAAUCUACCAGGCAUUCCUAACAUUCCAGGCAUCAGUGGUUUCCUACGGAUGGGCAUUGGAAUCCAACAGUACAACGGUUUACCAGUGGAUGAUCUGCUGAAAAAUAAGACUGCAUUGAUUGACUACAUGCAAGAGCAGUUGGGGGUGUCAGAGGAGGAUGCAGAGCUGGUGGCCGAUUCCAUUGACAAUCCUAAAAUGCUGUUACUGAUGCUGGAAGGGCGCAACAUGCGAGACACCGUCUGCAACACCACCCUUUUGGAGGACUACGUCACCACCACAGACCCCGCCCAGAUUGACGAGCUCAGCGAGACACUCUGCAACAUGUCCGACACUGAAUUGGAUCAGUUUUCCCGCGAAGUCCAAGCCGUUAUCAAUUAUCCUGCUCUCUGGAAUGCGCUAAAUGGAACAGAUGUGGAUGAAUGGUACAGAAACUCCCUGACAUUAAUGCUGUCCCUUGCACAUCAGAUUUCAGAACUAGACAGCUUCAACGACCUGAUGAAUGACAUCAAUCAGAUCGCUGUCAAGAACGACUCCAACGACCUCAUCUGUGGCAGCGUGGGGGAACUGAUCGAUCCCAGCCUCAUCAACAUGGAUUCUACAGCCAACUCAGGCUUUGGACAGUUUGGGGACUUGAAAAAGUCCGGAGUUCAGAAACCCAUGGCUAAAACUGCCUGGAGGAGCAAAAAUGAUUCCACGGACGAUUUGCAGGGGCCUCCAGAGGACUGUGAAUGGGUGCAACAGAUUACAUCUACAGAAGUUGGGGGCAUCCUCUGGGACAGACUGAAGCCGAUGGUACAAGGGUACAUUUUGUACACCCCAGACACCCAGGCAACCAAACGGAUCAUGAAGGAGGCCGAACAACCGUUUGCCUCGUUACGAAUGUUCCGGGACCUUUGCAUGAAAUGGCAACAGUACUCACCGUUGCUCCGAAACUUCAUUGAAACAAAUCCAGCCCUAGACAUAGUAAACGAGUUUCAGGAAAACCCAGAGUUGAUCACAGAGUUGGAGAAACUGCUGCAAACCAACUCAACUCCCGACUACCUCUGGCUGAAGGAAAUCCUCCUCAACGCGGAGAACAACAAGAAAGAAAACAACGUCACUGACUCUUGGCUAGCUGCCAUUGAUGCCAUCGAUGAAUUCACCAACACAACCCUAGAAAUUUUCAGAUGUGUGAAUCUUGAUAAGGUUCGUGGAUUCGACACCCAAGAAGAAUUCCAAGAAGCUGCUAGCAAAUUACAAGGAAACCGUACAUUCUGGGGAGGUGCUGUGUUUGAAGGCUUUAACAAGUCCACUUCCAAUGACACAAUUCCACCCCAUGUGAUUUAUCAACUGCGCAUGGACAGCAGUAUGGUACGAAGCACAGAAAAAGACAAACAGAGCUUUUGGUACCCGACACCCAUGAGUAAUGUCUUCCAGUAUGGACAGUACAUCAUGGGCGGCUUUGUGUUUCUUCAAGACAUGCUUGAGCAAGGUAUCAUCAAGGCGUCCCUCGGAAAGAAAGAUUCCGGCGCCGGCGUGUACAUCCAAGAGUUCCCGUACCCGUGCUACUCAAGUGACUUCUUCAUCAAUACCCUGGGGGUCGCGCUGCCGCUCUUCAUGGUCUUGGCCUGGGUCUUCUCGGUAGCCAUGACCAUCAAAGGCGUCGUCCUGGAGAAGGAGUUGCGUCUCAAGGAGAUGAUGAAGGUCAUGGGUAUGGGCAACGGGGUGCACUGGGUGGCCUGGUUCAUCAACAGCUUCGUGGUCAUGUUCGUCAGUAGCUGCUUGCUGGUCCUGGUUCUGAAGGUCGGCAAUAUCACGAUAAACACUGACACCUCCAUCCUUCUCUUGAUGAUGGUAUCAUUCAGUGUCUCCACCGUCACCCUGUGCUUCCUGAUCAGUACCUUCUUCUCCAAAGCCAACCUGUCGGCGGCGUGCGGCGCCGUGAUAUUCUUCCUGACGUACGUCCCUUACAGCAUGGCCUACGCCUGGGAUUCCCAAUUACCUCUUGUGGCAAAGUUCUUCCUGUGCCUGUCGAACACCAUGGCGUUCGGCUACAGCUCCCAGUUCUUGAGUCUCUUUGAGACCCAAUCAACCGGCAUACAGUGGUGGAAUAUUAACGAGAUGCCUAAAUCCUCCAGUGAAUCCAUGACCUUCCUGCAAGUCUUGGCGAUGAUGUGGGUCGAUUCCUUCAUCUAUAUGCUGCUGACAUGGUACAUUGAGGGGGUCUUCCCAGGUGCCUACGGCAUGCCCCGCCCCUUUUAUUUCCCAUUCCAACGAUCGUACUGGUGUGGUUCCCAUGCUACCGAUGCCCUGGAUGAGGACAUACUGGCAUCUGGUAAAGAUCUGCCAACAGACAACUCUGACUUUGAGCCAGAACCCACCCACCUGAAGCUUGGCGCUUCCAUCAACAAAUUGUACAAGAUCUACAAGACCGGCAAGAAACUGGCCGUCAACAACCUGAGCGUCAACUUCUACGAGGGGCAAAUCACCUCCUUCUUGGGGCACAACGGCGCUGGCAAGACCACCACAAUGUCUAUAUUGACGGGGCUGUUUCCACCCACGGCCGGUACCGCUUACAUCUAUGGCAAGGACAUCUUGAAGGACAUCAGUAGAAUCCGCAAGAGCCUUGGCAUGUGCCCACAACACAAUGUGCUCUUUGACUAUAUGACUGUGGCAGAGCAUCUGUGGUUUUUCGCUCGGGUGAAGGGUGCAGCCGAUCAUGAAAUCAAGUCAGAGAUGACUCUAAUGCUGAAACACCUACGUCUGGUGAACAAGAAAGAUGAACUGGUGAACGACUUGUCAGGUGGCAUGAAGCGUAAGCUGUCCAUUGCAAUGGCCUUUGUGGCCGGAUCCAAGAUGGUCAUUUUGGAUGAGCCCACGGCCGGCGUUGACCCCUAUGCUAGGAGAGAGAUCUGGGAACUACUUGGCCAGUACAAGGAAGGCCGCACAAUCAUCAUGUCCACCCAUCACAUGGACGAGGCAGAUGUCCUUGGCGAUCGCAUUGCCAUCAUCUCCGCCGGCCAGCUCAGAUGCUCGGGUUCCUCCUUGUUCCUCAAGAGUCGUUUCGGAAGCGGCUACUACCUCGUCCUCAACAAGCGCAUACCAGGCGAUAACAUCCCGGUCUCCCCGCAGCUCACAGACCCGGCCUACCAGACCGAGAUGAGCAACGGUCCAGAUCUCGUCACAGGAGCCAUGAUGAAUCAACACCAGGAUGAGGAGAAACCGAAAAAAGAGAUGGACUUGGAUCUUGUAGAGCCAACUGAGAUGAAAGUCGCCCUUGAGCCAGACGACGAUGAGUUGCGCCUCAAGAAAUCCAAGCCCCCAAUUGACAUUGCAGACUGCGGCUCGUGUCAGGAGGCAACUGUGACCAGUUUCAUCCAGAGCUACCUCCCCUCAGCGACCCUCUGUGAGAACCUGGGCACCGAGCUGUCCUACAUGCUCCCCUCGGCAGCCACCCAGGAAGGCUCCCUGGAGUUCCUCUUCAAGGAACUGGAGACGUUUAAAGAUCAGCUCUACAUCACCAACUUUGGCAUCUCGGACACCUCCUUGGAAGAGGUAUUCCUGUCAGUCACCGACGACGUAGGAGUCUUCAACCAAGGUGAAACCAGCCAGGGAACGGACAACGGGGCCCUGCCCCGCCCAUUCAUGGGGCGGGGCAGCCUGAAGAGGCGGAGCUACCAACUCCCGGCCCAGAGCUCCAGCAUCAAGGAACGACGCAGGCGCAGUAUGAAAGUGCGGCACAAGGCCAUGUCUUCCGCUAACGGACAGGCACUUGUGAGCGACGAUGAAGUGGACGUGGAGCAUCAAGCAGCUCAGGAACCCACAGCCGACGCACAGAGCCUCCACAGCAUCAACCUGGAGGAAGCCGAGAAUCCUGAGGAUACCGACAGCCCUAGCGAGGAGGCAAGCCAAGGAGGUAACCGUCGGCAGAGGAGCUACAAGUCCGGCAGCCAGAAGCUGAAUCGGCAGUCCAGCCGGCAAACCAGCCGGCCCAAGAUGCAUCGGCAGAUCAGCAGGCAUAUGAGCCGCAAGCUGAAUCGCCAGGCCAGCCGCCAGGCUAUGGAGACACAAAAGAAAGACGUAUCGGUGGCUAACGUCCGCAUGCCAGAUGCAGAAAGCAAUGAGCCGUGUGCCAGGAACCUGACCGGUCGCGAGGUUCACGGCAUCAGCCUCAUCUGCAGACAGUUCUGGGCACUCAUGGUCAAGAGAUUCCAUCACUUCAGACGCAGCAAGAAAGGCUUCUUUGCCCAGGUUAUCCUCCCCGUAGUCUUUGUCUGUCUUGCCAUGGUCUUCACCGUCGUGCUACCAGUGCCGACAGAGGGAGAGAAACUUCCCCUGGUUCCCUGGCUGACCGGUACCCCAAACUACGUCUUCUACAGUAAUGACGACCCCGACAGUGCUCUAGCGGCAGGAAUGGAGGCAACCAUAGCUGAGGACCAGCCGGGCAUAGGCACCAGGUGUAUGGCGGACAACCCGUUUGUGAACAGGGAUUUCCUUUGUAAACCGGGCAAAUCAACCGAUUGGUACGUCACGUCCCACAUGGACCCAGCGCUCUAUGACCAAUUUUUGAAGGGUGAACUAGAAUGUGACUGCAGUGGCAGUGGCUUUGAGACAUGUGACAAGGGGGCCGAGGGUCCAGCCCCUCCAGAGAGGGUUGUCCCGACCACAGACUUCCUACAGAAUCAUACCAAUAUGAACAUCAGUUGGUACCUCAAGACAACCACACUAGAAUACGUCUGGAAAAGGUUUGGUGGUGUGAGUUUCCUGGAGACGGACGAAAUGGCUCCGCUGACCUUGAACAUCAGUGAAGAAAUCUUGACUGACUGGAGCAACAACUGGGAUGACCCCUUUGGUGGCGCUGGAGGAGUGACGGCCAUGGAAGCCAGGGAGGACAUUCCGCCAGAUGCUGGGGAUUUGCUGCCAUCAGAUGGCACGUUGAGGGAGUUCUAUGCCGUGCUGCUGUCACUAGCACGCUUCAAGAACGUUAAGGUCUGGUGGGACAACACAGGUUUCCAUGCUCUUCCUGCCUACAUCAACGUGGCUAGUAACAUGCAAUUCCGAGGCAACAUUGAGGAAUCGCAGCGAGACCAGUACGGCAUCACAGCUUACAACCACCCCAUCAAUAUGACUGGUGACCAGAUCACGGAGCGAGUUAUGAAGCAAACACCGAUCAUCAUGGGCACAGCCAUAUUUGUGGUCUUCGCAUUGGCCUUUGUGCCGGCCAGCUUCGUGGUCUUUCUGAUCACCGAGCGCGAAUCCAAGUCCAAGCAUCUGCAAAUAGUCAGCGGUAUCAGUCCUACCACCUACUGGGUGUCAACUCUCAUCUGGGACUUGGCCAAUUAUCUGAUACCAGCUGUGCUGACCGUUGUGAUAUUCAUCGCAUUUCAGCAGCAAGCCUUUAUAAGUAGCGAUAAUAUAACCACUACUAUCCUACUCCUGCUCAUGUAUGGCUGGGCAGUGACUCCGAUGACCUAUCCUGCCUCCUUCGUCUUCUCCACGCCCAGCACUGCCUAUCUGACAGUAGCCUGUGGUAUCAUGCUGAUAGGGAUCCUGACGAUCAUGACCACAUUUAUCUUGGAGUUCUUGGGCGGCGGUGACGAGAGUGUGACAGCUGUCAAUGACGCCAUGAUGAAACUGUUCCUGAUUUUUCCGCCGUUUUGCCUCGGCAGAGGAUUGGUGGACAUGGCCCUCAACUCACUCACCAACGACCUGUAUGCUGAAAUCGGACUUACACCCGAACCAUACAACCCAUUAGAAUGGGACAACGUCGGCCAGAACAUCUUCUCCUUGGGCAUCAUCGGAAUCGGCUUCUUUGCUCUGACACUGCUGAUUGAAAACGAGUUCUUCUUCAAGCCAAGACACAUUGAAUCAGAGAAUAUUCCACUAGCCCUUGAAGAUGACGACGUAGUGCGCGAGAGACAGCGUGUGCUGUCUGGAGGCGCCGACGAUGACAUCGUCCGAGUGGAGAAUCUUACCAAGGAUUACAACACAAGCAAUGGAGUCUUCACUGCUGUCAAUAGGAUAUGUGUUGGCAUUCCAUACGGAGAGUGUUUUGGACUUCUUGGAGUGAACGGCGCAGGGAAGACCACCACCUUCAAGAUGUUAACGGGAGACACACAAGUCACGUCGGGCUCAGCCUACGUCAAGGGCUACAGCAUCCUGAAGGACAUGAGGAAAGUGCGACACAACAUCGGCUACUGCCCGCAGUUUGACGCCCUGAAUGAGCUGCUGACGGCCGAGGAACAUCUGGCCUUCUACGCCAGACUCAGAGGGAUUCCCGAAGCUGAUAUUAACAAGGUUGUACAGUGGGGCAUCAAGAAGUUGGGCCUCUCCAUGUACGCCAAGCGCGUCGCAGGCACCUACAGCGGAGGCAACAAGAGGAAGUUAUCCACAGCUAUAGCCCUCAUAGGAGACCCAGAACUUAUAUUCCUGGAUGAGCCAACAGCAGGAAUGGACCCCAAAGCUCGUCGCUUUCUCUGGAAUCGCAUCACCAGUAUCAUCAAGGAAGGCCGCUCAGUCAUACUCACUUCCCACAGUAUGGAGGAAUGUGAGGCCCUGUGUACCCGCGUCGCCAUCAUGGUCAACGGUCGAUACAAAUGCAUCGGCAGCACACAGCAUCUCAAAUCCAAGUUUGGUGACGGCUACACCAUAUCCAUCCGAGUGGGCGGGGAUCCGCCCAUCAUGGAACCCCUGAUGCUGUUUGUGGCUGAGACGUUCCCGUACACCAUACUCCGUGAGCGCCACUUCAACAUGCUGGAGUACCAGAUGCCGUCCGCCAGCGCAUCCCUGGCCAAGCUCUUCGGUGCCUUUGAUGCCAACAAGCAGAGAUUCUGCAUCGAGGAUUACUCCGUCAGCCAGACAACAUUGGACCAGGUGUUCAUCAACUUUGCCAAGGAGCAGACAGCAGGAUUGGAUGACCAUGAGGAGCAGGCAGACGGCAUGGAGGUCACAGUCAUCAACAUGCCUGAUGGACCGCAAAUCGUCUCGCCAACUAUGGACACAAUGCAGUUUCUCCCCGAGAACAGCACCAUCGGCGGAUUCGCCUUCGCUGCUGCCAACAUCUACGCCGGUGUGAUUCACCACGAUGACAAACCGGGAAAGACCCCCGCGGCACCCAAGCCCCACUCACCCGCCGCCUACCCCGGAGGGGGGUUCCCUGAACUGUCUAGGCAGGACAGCCGAGGCUUCACCAACCCCAUGUACCAGGUCUCGCAGGAGGAGUUAGAGCAGUCGCAGAACGGCAACACCAGGAACUCCUCCACCCGUGGCAAAUCACGGAGGAGCCCCCCGACAGAGGAGGAGAACAAGAGUGACGAAGAGGUCUUAGACGAUUGCUUAGUGCCGAGAGGAAAUCAGUUGGGACAAAUCAACGAUACCUUGAUGAAGAUGUCAAAUCUUGACCAGGUUCUCCAGGCUGAGACUGAGCCUGACAAGGAAGUCACUUUGUCUUCCUAUCUUCCAAUAUCAGAAGACACAGAGGAAACGCCCUUUUAAAGGGCUUCAGCCAUCAGGAUUUUUUUAGCAAAGGAAAACUCAACCUCAGCUACCAGCUUCGAAGCAGAGAGAUGGACAUUUUAUUUUUUUGCCUGUGAUAUAUCUUUUUGUUUAUCACUAACAUUGAACCUGUUACAGCGAUACGCUGUAGAAGUGGGUAGAUCAUACGCCGCCGAAGUCACAUGUUGCUCGGGACGACCGUUCCACACAAACCUGGACUUACGUAGCGAUAGCACGGGCCCAUUUUUUUUAUCGAUUUUUUACGCUUUGAAAAAAAAAUAAUGGCAUCCGUGACAUUCUGAGUGAUGAAUACAGUCAGCUCAAAGCACUGUUCCAUUUUCCAGUCUUAUUCUUAAUGUCUGAGAAAUCUCAACCACAAAAUGUGCACCUAAAGCUCCCAUAUGUUUUGCACGGUGAAAAUUGGAAACCAGACAUUGUUUGGAACAGUCGCUCUAGGAGACGACCCUGCAUGACAUCACACUUCUACAGCGUAUUGAGCUGAAGGUUCUUGACACCAACUACAUGUUACUAGUGCAGUGGUGAACAUGGCGUUUACUAAGAUGUCAUUAGCUGCAUAUUGACGAGUCCAUUCUGCGAGCUGUAAAAGAACUCCCGAUUGUAACGGAACCUGAACUCUUCACUUGGAAAUUAAAUAACUUUGUCUUCCUCAAGGAAUAUCCUUCAAAUUUAAUUGUGCCCAUUGAGCAAUAUGCAAAAUGUAAUGAUUUCAGUACCAAUAAAUCGAUAUAAUUCUGCCAUAGAGAACAACACUGUUAAAGGUGCAUUCCCCGUGCUCUUCAACAAGUUCGAGGUUUUUCUUUUAACAAGUUUUCGUCGGAGAACAUGAUAACAGGCACUGGCUGUUUUUAUACAAAGGCACAGCUGACGGGUUAAGACGUGAAGAUUGCCUCGCCACUCGCCUCUGGGUGACAUCUAAAAACGCUAAUCCCUUGUGUCUUUUGUACACACACAAAGUCAAGCACGUUUGUUUAUGGUGUUAAUCGAGGAUUUGCU